GUGCCAGAGACCGAUCUCCGCUUUGUCGAGAUGGGCCCCUGGUGGUCGAUUCCACUCGGGGUCCCAGCUCACGUUGCAGCUGAAGCAGCCCAUUGAGGUUGACGGCCCUCCACCCAGAACGUUGGUGAAGGAUUUGGACUUCAAACUUCAGGCGGGUGAACGUUGGGCCAUUCUGGGCCCCAAUGGCUCUGGAAAGAGUACCAUAGCACGUACCUUGCUGGAGCGUUGGGAAAAAGCACAUGGUGCCUCGACAGCUUAUGUUUCUUUUGAUCUUCAGCGGCAUGUUUUGCAGGACGAGCGUCGCGAUUUCCUAGAAAGCCGCUAUGAGACUCGCCAUCUUCGAGCGACAGUCUCAUCGUUUCUUUUUCCAGAGCUUCAUCCAGAUGAUCCCGACUAUGACCCUGCAACCAGUGGUUUCCGACCACCACGUACGCGAGUCUCACCUCUACCAGUGCCUUAUGAUGCUGAUGCAUCACACCCAUUGCUGGAAAAACUGGAAACUGCCUCAUCUUCAGGGAAAGCUGCCAGACUCUUGCACUUCUUUGGCCUUUGGCAGCUCCGACAUCGACCGCUCUUUGCGCUCUCCACGGGCGAGGGGCGGAAACUUCUGAUGGUGGAUGCUCUUCUCAAAGAGCCAAGUCUUUUGAUCCUCGAUGAAGCUUUCGACGGCCUGGACAAGAGUUCCCGCGUGGAACUCGCCAGUAUGCUGGAGAGCUUCUUUGAUGAAAGUCCUCGAGCGUUGGUGAUGAUCGUGCAUCGCUUGGAAGAUUUGGUACCACUUCCAAGCUCAGUUCUUCUACUUGGUCAGGGAGAUGGCACUGAGCACAGUGUUGGUCCUUGGUCACAGAUGGAAGCGAAAGUGACAUCCUUUCUCCAGGAUUCCAGCAGCGAACUUCCCCCCUCGUCCAUGCCAGUCCCAACAGUAGCCGUGGGAGAGCCACUGGUCGAGUUCAAGGACGUGACCAUUGAGUAUGGCCCAGUUCGUGUAUUUGACAAGCUCAACUGGACAGUUCGGGAAAGCGAAAAGUGGAUCGUCCUUGGAGGAAAUGGUACUGGAAAGACGACUCUAUUUGAUCUCAUCACCGGUGAAAACGUGCUGGGAUACACACAGAAUCUUCAUUUGUUUGGACGGCAGAAAGGCAGUGGUGAGAGCAUUUGGGACAUCAAGAAGCAGCUGGGAGUGAUCUCCAGUGAACUUCACAUGGAAUUUCUGAUUUACUCAGAUCCCCGUUUUGAUCGGAAAGUCACCGCCUGGGAAGUUGCAUGCUCGGGCCUAUUCGACAGCAUCGGUUUGUAUGCGGAGCCCACUGCGACCCAGAUUCAAAAUGUCCAACAGUGGGCUGACAUGUUGGGUUUGCAGGACUUGGUGGUGGCACCAAAGGGCGAGAAGAUCUUGUCAUUGUUGCCAUCAUUCAAGGAGGGAGCUAUGUUUCAUGACCUUUCACACGGGCAGCAGAAGUUGGUUUUGCUCUGCCGGGCGCUGGUGAAGUGUCCACGUCUUCUCCUCCUGGAUGAGCCAACGCAUGGCCUUUCAGGCGAAAAUCGACUGCUGAUCCUCAGUGCUUUGAGGAAGUUGGCUGAGACUGAUGUGGCUGUGGUGCUCAUUACACAUCGGGAGGAGGAGAUUGAGGCCCUAGGCUUUCCCAAUGUCUUGCGACUGAAGGAUCGCCAUGGUACCACCUCGGGCACACUGACGGGGUGCACGGGAGCCGGAACCGGCGGGAGUAGUGGCCGUCAUGCUCUGAAGGCCUCAGUCAGUCCCGGUCAACCACCGCUGCCGAGGUCCUGCCCAUCUGCACCCUGUGGCAUGCCACGCAGGGAGUUAGAUCCUCCACGAGACAGUUGGUCCAUGGAUUAUCGGGUCAGCUCACCAAAGGGCAAUCCUCGAGUGGCGUCCUUUGUGCGUCUCAACAACUUCCUGCUGAGGACGCACAUCACAAGCCUCCUAUCAGCCUUGGCGGAGGAUGGCUGGCUUGAGGCUUGGGAGAAGGAGCGGCUCUGUAGCGCAGCCCGGGAGUCGGAGUCUCCCUGGGCGCAAUCUUUUCUGCGCAUCUACGCGCGGUUCAUGGAGACCGAAGAUGUGCCAAGCUUUGUCGCUGCUCUGAAAGCUCAAGCAGCGUAA